AUGUCCACUGAAUACCUAUCCAAGGACAUACUAGAAGAGGUCUACAUUCGCUCAUUCUCACCGUUUUAUACCCUCGAAAUGAUUCUUGGCACAAGUAGGGUGUACGUCCACGAUAGAUUUGUUAUGGGCCCCACAUUUACGCAGAAAGUAUAUUCCUUGAUUUGCGCGAUGAUUACGUUUUCUAUGUACGCUUACGUUGCAGUCACGUACUUUCAACAGUACCGUGAUUAUGGUCUUUUAUACUACGCAUAUAUGGCACUUCUAGUAUUCCAUUACAUAAACUUUAUCGCCAACUUCGUUCACGUAAGGUUUCGCAAUACCGAAGCGAAUGCUAAAUUUUACAUCCAAAUGCAACAAUUGGACCGGCUUAUGAGACUAGACCAUGGUUGUAUAAACAAUAUUCUGUAUUUAUACAAUGUGUAUACCGUGGUGUCAUCUAUGUGUAUUAUGGCUUUGGUCUUCAGCAGCGGUUUAUUUUUGCAUUAUCUUCUCGCCGUUGGAUUUAUCGGAAUUUGCUAUGGCAUUCUGUGUUGUACGUUAGAAUGGCUGCAUUGUGCGAGCCUGCUUAUAUAUUUCUUCCUACGCAUGAGGUUUAUUAACGCCAUACUCGUGAAUUAUCUUGAAGGUAAAAUAUUUAUAGCGGACGCACAUAAAUGUAGGUUACCAAGAAAACGUUUGAUGCGCCAUCUAGCGGCUUUGACAAACGAUUUCGAAUUGUCUCCUGUGGACGAAUAUGUGAAAGCGUUGUUUUCGACUUUUACAGAUUUUCAGAAUCUUUACAGGUUUCAACUACUUCAAUUUUUCUCUAUUUUCUUUGUGCACACAUUAUGUGGUUUUGCUAUUGAAAUUCUCGGAGCGCAGAAGGGCUUAGUCAAUCAAUAUACAUGGGUAGAAUUUUUGGAUAUGCCCACUAUAGCCGCUUGUUAUCUCCUUUUAGCCGUGGUGAUAUGUGUAAGAUGCGAGGUUUUUCAACGAGAGGUUAAACAAACGAAACGCCUAUGUAUUACUAUACUAUCUCAGCAGUAUAAUGGAAACAUACGGGAGAAGGCAAAACGUAUACUCCAGACCGUCAGCGCUUGUCCCCCGGAGCUGAGCGUGUAUGGAAUGUGGACGAUAAGAGGCACUGUCGUGAUCCACAUCAUCAAUGUGAUAACUACCCUUAUGAUUGCUAUGCUUCAGUUUAUGAUUUUAUAA